GAAUUUCCGGUUACUCCGGAAGUGGAAGGUUCACAAUUUCCUAAGCUCCUCCCACGGCGGCGAGCUAGGGUGAAGGGAUGGCCGGGCGGGCGUCGCGGUUAUUGCUGCUGGCUGGGGCCGCCGCGCUGGCGAGUGGUUCCCAGGGAGAUCGCGAGCCGGUGUAUCGCGAGUGCGUACUCCAGUGCGAAGAGCGGAACUGCUCGGGGGGCGCUCUGAAGCACUUCCGCUCCCGCCAGCCAAUCUACAUGAGCCUAGCAGGCUGGACCUGCAGGGACGACUGUAAGUAUGAGUGCAUGUGGGUCACCGUUGGCCUCUACCUCCAGGAAGGUCACCAAGUGCCUCAGUUCCAUGGCAAGUGGCCUUUCUCCCGGUUCCUGUUCUUUCAAGAGCCUGCCUCUGCCGUGGCCUCAUUUCUCAAUGGCCUGGCCAGCCUAGUGAUGCUUUGCCGCUACCGCACCUCCGUGCCCGCCUCCUCGCCCAUGUACCACACCUGUGUGGCCUUUGCCUGGGUGUCCCUCAAUGCUUGGUUCUGGUCCACAGUCUUCCACACCAAGGACACCGACCUUACGGAGAAAAUGGACUACUUCUGUGCCUCCACGGUCAUCCUGCACUCCAUCUAUCUGUGCUGUGUCAGGACCGUGGGGCUGCAGCACCCGGCUGUGGCCAAUGUCUUCCGGGCCCUCCUGCUGCUCUUGCUGACCGCGCACGUCUCCUACCUGAGUCUCAUCCACUUCGACUAUGGCUACAACCUGGCGGCCAACGUGGCUAUUGGCCUGGUGAAUGUGGUGUGGUGGCUGGCCUGGUGCCUGUGGAACCGGCGACGGCUGCCUCAUGUGCGCAAGUGCGUGGCGGUGGUCCUGCUGCUGCAGGGACUGUCCCUGCUUGAGCUGCUCGACUUCCCGCCUCUCUUCUGGGUCCUGGACGCCCACGCCAUCUGGCACAUCAGCACCAUACCUGUCCAUGUGCUCUUUUUCAGCUUUCUGGAAGACGACAGCCUGUACCUGCUGAAGGAAUCAGAGGCCAAGUUAAAGCUGGACUGAAGACCCUGGGAGUGGGUCUGCUCCGUUGGGUAUCCUGCCCCAUCCCUGCUGGUUCCCCAUCUCGCCUCGCCACUUGAGAGGAUUUAUUUUCUCCUUUUAGCUUCUUGAACUUGGACAUGAGGGGUGUGGGCCCAGAAUCGUGUGGCCGGCCCGCCCCCUACUGGCCCUCACAGGUCCUGGAGCCUGUUCUGGGGAGGCCCUCCCGGCCCCGGGCAACCCCUCCGCUUCCUGGAGCUGCACUGGGGAUGGAACCGCCUGCGUUCUUAGCUCUGCCCAGAGGCAAGCUGCAGUUUCCUCCCCAUCAUCUUCCUCCCCACAUGCCCCACUGCCUGGCUGGAUUCCAGAGUCCUCUGUCUACCUGGGAGACCAGGUACCCAAGGCCUUUGGGGAUACAGUGGGGUCCCCUUCUUUUCCCCUGCCCUCCUCCAGGGCACCACUAGGUGGCACUGGAUGCUUGCUCUUUGGCUGGUGAAGUUUCGAGGCCAGUCUC